GUCUUCUCAGUGGAGUCGCAGCAGCAGCUGAGGUCAGCGCGAGUUGGCAGCCUCCCAUUGGCCAGCAUGGCGCUGCUGCCGCCCCUUCCCUCCCACUGCUACCCAUCUGUGCUGCUGGGCUCAUCAGACGACCACGUGUGGCUCUACUCGCCUGACUUCGGCCGAUGCCUCUCCAAGAUGCACGCACACGAUGACACGGUGUCAUGCAUUCAGGUCAGCCAAUGGGGCGCUGAGACGUGUCUGUUCACAGCAUCAUGGGACGGCAGUGUGAAGCAGUGGAGCAUGGCCCACUCGCCCUUCCUCUCCGCCUCGCCCUUCGCCUCCUUCUCCUCCUCCUCCCCCCACUCCCACGCUGGCUCCGACACAUCAGUCCACCCACCUCCUCUAGCGGAGCUCAAUCAGCACGACGCACCAAUCACAUUGCUCCAAGUGGCCAUCCCUGCCAUGUCAGCAUGGCCCCUUGCUGCCUCAGGUUCAGCCAAUGGCGCUGUGCUGCUGUGGGACAUGCGAGCACCCCCCUCGGCCUCUGUCCCAUGGAGCUGCCGCCUCUCCCCUCUCACCACCACUGCCCCCACAUCGCCGCUAGCAGUAACAGGGCUGGUGUUCUCAUACGGGGGUCUCCACAUUACCACUGCUGACUCCACAGGGGGACUCAGAGUGCUGGAGAUGCGUAUGGGCGGUGAUGAGCUGGCGUCUCAACACUGUCCAGGUGGCGGCCUCACGUGCUGCCAGCCUCUCGGCGACCAGUCUGUCCUCGCUGGCAGUCCUCUUGCCUCGUCUUCCCUUCUCACUCCGGUGUUCGGCCCUCUUGCCUCAUGGUCCAUCCGCCGCUCCUUCGAACACUCCCCCAAUUUCCCACCUUCCCCUGCCUUCCUCCUUUCAGUGAUUCGGGCAACAUCAUCUGAGCUGGAACAACUUGGCUCUCAUUCCAAUGGAGCCAAGCGGCAGGGUGCAAGAGGUUUUAAUGGCCUUUCCGGGAGUGUAGCAGCGAAGCAGCACGGUCACCGCAUGGCAGGGAAGGAUGUAGCGGUGCCAACACGGGGUUGCCAGCUGGAGCAGCUCGUGCUGACGUGGAACAUCGAGGACAUCUUUAACGACGAGCUGCUCCGAGAGAAGGUACGGCCCAUACCAACCACCUUUCCGGAUGUACCCUCGUACCUGUCUGCCUUCCGCUGGCCCCUGCUGGAGGAGUGCCGUGUGGGGCUCAAGCGCGGCCUUGAACAGCUUCCUGCCGCUGCCUCCACACGAAUCGUGGUCAAAGUGGUGCAGAGGGAUGGUGAUGGGCGGGCAGCGAGAGCGGAUGGAUGCGGCGAGGUGGAGAGGGAUGACUGGCAGCGGCAGUUUGUGAGUUACUCUGGUGAUGACGACUACUGCCAGGGCGAGGUCCUCGGGCGUUCAGUGCACGGUAGUGCGUUGGAUGAGAUCGCACCCCCGUGGCGCAUGGUGCCACAUGGCCAGCCGAUCGGUCGGUGCAGAGGGCAGCUGGGAGGCGCCGCAGGGGAGGCACACUCGACGGAUGCGUGCUCUGAAACGGAGAGAUUCUGCUACGUGCGCUUUGAAGUGCAGCAGCAGCAGCCUGCAGGGGCCGCUGGGGCAGCAGCGAAGCUGCAGUGGGGAGGUGCAGCAAGGCUGAGGCUGAAGCCCACAGAUGUGGUGCUGCUGUCCACUGUGGCCUCCUCUGCCCCCACGGAUCUGCUCCGCCCGGGGGUGCUGUAUCGCCUUGCUGUCCUUCUUGCGGAGAGAAACUCGUCCGGGGAGGAUGGAGACGGCGAUCGCUGUUUCUGGGCCAGGAUUUGCACUUCAGAGGAUUCGCCCGAGUAUCAGGGCCUGGUUGGGGCAGUGGACGGGGGGGAGUGUGCAGGUGGUGCGUCGUGGUAUGUGACCUUGGUGGGUAGCUUGGCAACACCGCAGCGCGUGUGGGAUGCUCUGCAUGAUCCGUUGCCUUCAGCAACACCGGAUUGCGCUCCCCCCCCCCCCCCUUGUUUCCUGCCCUCCGUGCUCUCCCCUGCUGCUUCUUCUCAGAGUGCCUCCACUGCGGCCCCUCCUCUGCUGCAGCUCGUGCAAGGCCCGCCCGGCACAGGAAAGACCCACACGCUCUCCGUGCUCCUCUCUGUUGCGCUUGCUCUUGGUUACUACCAGUCACAGCAGCAGCAGCAGCGGCUUCCAGACGGAUGGCCGUUUCAGUUUGAGAAGGCCUUCUUGGCUGGAGGGCGGCUGCACGUUGGAGAUAUUGUCCUGGUGGCGAAUGAAGAAAGGCUGGUGGUAGACCCAGAGCUGGAUUCUAUUCUCCUAGGGGAAGGGAGGAGGAGGGAGCCUCGGGCGUUUCUGAAGCGGAAGGGGGGUGUGUGCUGUGGACGGGUAACGCGGCUGCUAGGAGCUUUGUCUUUGCAGUCAGGCUGGAGAUCGUCUGUGCUCACGCUGAUGAGCUUUCUUGAAACCUCCGAGGAGGAAAUGAGUCGGGUCCACCAGGCGCACUUAAAGGUGCUGGAGACAAGGAUCAAAGAGGAACUUGGUUGGAGUGAUAGCAAGACGGUAAGCAAGAACGGGACAGAAGGCCUUCCAAACCUGCUUGAGUUCUUCCAGGAGCGUGUGGCUCAGCUCGUUGAUCCGGCUAUGGAGGGCGCUGUGAGCCUGGCUUACGAUCUGCCGUCCGCCCUUUUGCCAGAGCGCGAGCGUGUGCUGCUGCUGCAGGCGGGUGAGCUGAUGGCAGCCUUGCAGCAGCUUCUGCUUUGCCCAGGGCUCUCAUCGGAUGCUGUGCUAAGCUGGCUUGAUGGGUCACAUACACAGGAGGAGGAUGGCUUCGAGUUCAGCAUAUCCUCUGUUCUACACGAGGCUGCUGGGCUUCUUGCUCCUUUUGAGGAUGCUCACAGCACCAGCCAGUCUUCUGCCAUUAGCAACGACUCCACUGCCGCCAGCAGCUCAACCAGGGAUGUGCAUGUGUGCAUCUCUCUCCCGCAAGCCGAGCGCCUCUUCCACUCCAUCCGCCGCCACCUGAAGCACAUCGGCAAGCAGAGCCCCGCCUUCCACAUCCCCACCCUCAGCAGCAACCCAUCAGCUGCCACCGUGGCCGCUCAGUGCAUGGCAGGCGCACGCCUCGUCCUCUCCACCGUCUCCUCCUCUGCCCGGGCUCUCGUCCGCUGUUCCGGCCACUUCCCACUGCUGCUGCUGGACGAGGCGGCUCAGCUGGUGGAGGCGGAGUCUCUGGUGGCCCUGCAGGCGCGCGGGCUGCGCUAUGCUGUCCUGGUGGGGGACCCCAAGCAGCUGCCUGCUACCGUCAUGAGCAAGGUGGCAGUGCAAGGCCACUACAACCGCAGCCUGUUUGAGCGCCUGCAGAGCACUGGGUGGCACGCAGAGCUGCUGAGCGUGCAGUACCGCAUGCACCCGGACAUCAGCCGCUUCCCCUCGCUCUGCUUCUACCACGGCCGCAUCGAAGACGGCCCCAACGUGUGCCAGCCCUCGCACUGCCCUCCGCACCUGCAUCUGCUGUUUGGCCCGUACAGGUUCUUCCAUGUGAGGGGGCGUGAAGAGAGGGACUCUGUGGCUGUGGAUGCAGGCAGUCGCAGCGUUGCCAAUUCGGUUGAAGCUGCCGUCGUGAUCGCUCUGCUCGCACGCCUCUCCAAUGCAUGCAGAUGCAAGGAGGGCGGGGCUGUGAAGGUGGGGCUCAUCUCGCCAUAUGCCCGCCAGGUGGAGCUGUUGCAGCGCGCCGUGGAGGCCAAGCCGUGGCCCUCCCUGACUGUGGAAGUUAACACAGUGGACGGGUUCCAGGGCAGGGAGUCCAGUCUGAACGUGGCCAUCACCCGCGCGCGCCACACUCUCUGGGUGGUGGGCGACACACACACGCUGCGAAGAGGAGACAGCAUGUGGGCGCAGCUGCUGCAGGAUGCGGAGAGGCGUGGGUGCCUGGUGGAGGCUCGGAGCGAUGAAGGGCUGGCAAGGGCUGUGGAGAGGCGGUGGGUGCAGGUGGGGGAGGCACAGCAGCUGCUGAAACCCCACUCGGGGCUCUGGGCCGGCCUGCACUGGGAGGCGGCGUUCAGCCAGGAGUUUCAGCGCAGCAUGCGGCAGACGCCGUCACUGGAGGUGAUCAAUGCAGUGCGGCGCCUCAUGCAGGGCCACCGCCCGCAGUGGGACACGCGGCCGCGGCACGAGCUCAGCGACCCGCGCUACCACGACAUCAUUCACGUGCAGCCUGUGGGGCGGGCCUUUCUCAUCUGGACCGUUGACAUAUCCCCGGAGUCUUACCAGCAAAUGAUCAAGGUGUGGGACGUGGUUCCAGAGCGUGGGGUGCUGCCAUGGCUGCACCGCCUGGCGAAAGGCCUGGCCUCGUUCUCAGACCAGCCCCUUGACUGCUGCGCCGCAAGCUCACCCUGCUCCGCUCGCAGGGUGCAUCCUCGCCAAUUCAACCGCCAUGCUCCCUUCGAGUGGUGGAGGGAGGGGCAGCGGGGCACCAACGUGCCAGCCUCACACCCAGCAUCAGCUGCCAUACCGGAGCGAGCGCCAGUGGAUGAAAACGUGCUGCUGAUGAAAUUCUAUCCACUUUCGCUAGGCUCCGCCCAGCACCUGAUGGCAGCAGUUCCGGGGGAGUGGCUGUUUAAGCUGAACGAGCAGCAAGCUGCGAUAGUCCACUCCAACUGCACUGCUUUUGUGCUCGGCCGAUCAGGCACGGGCAAGACGACAGUGAUCACCCACCGCCUGCUGCUGCUGGAGCACACGUUCCGCCGCGCCAUGGGCGAGAGGCGCCUUCUGACUUCUGAGAAUUCUCAAAGUGUGCGCGCUGUACGCAGUGGCGCCUCACGUGGCAGAGAGCAACGCGGCUGGGGGACAUAUGAGGAACUUGAGGAGAGUGAGGAAGAGGAGGGUGAAGGGAAGAGUGGGGAGGAGGGAGAGGAGGAGAGGGGUGGACUGCGCCAGGUGGUUGUGACUCCGAGUGCGCACUUGUGUGCUGCCAUCAAACGCUAUGUGAACAAGGCCACGAGGACUAUGCUGCAGGCAGACGAGCAUGGCGGUCCAUGCAUGCCGGCAGUGGAGUGCCAGCCAGAUGGACCUGCGAAGAGAGCUGAGGGAGAAACACAGCUUGCACAGGCAGGGGAGGAGGAGCAGGAUGAGCUGCUGUUGUUGGAGGAAGCAGAGGAGAAGCUUCUGGGCGACCUACCAGAGGCUCUGGAUUCAGUGGCGCCUGCUGCCUUCCCCCUCGUGCUCACAUUCAAGAAGCUUCUCAGCAUGGUGAAUGCCACGCUGUCGCACCCGUUCCAGACGGGAGGGAGCAGCACGGGCAGUGGAUGGGGCCGAGGAGGGUCCGUGGGAGGUCGCUGGAGUGGUGACGGCUUGCCUGGUGGCGUGAAUGCAGUGUGGGAAGAGGUUGACUACGAGCGCUUUGAGGCAGUCUACUGGCCGCGGCUCAACGCAGCAACCACCCGUCAUCUCGACGCGUCCGCGGUGUUCAAGGAGAUCUUCUCCCACAUCAAGGGCUCCCUUCACGCGCUCAGGUCACCGCACGGCCGUGUGUCUCUGCAGGACUACGUGCUGCUGGCGCGCACGCGCACGUCCAGCCUGAACGAGGAGCAGCGCACGGCCAUUUACGCGCUCUUCCUGCAGUACGAGAGGCUGAAGCGGCAGAGAGGGGACCAUGACAUGUGCGACCACCACUCCUCCUCCGUAUGGCAGCAAGGCUGGGUUUCAUCAGCUGCGAUCGGGACAAGCAGGGCUGUGGGUGCUGGCGGGAAAGUCGUCGCAGGGCCACCAUUCCAGUACGUGUAUGUGGACGAGGUGCAGGACCUGACGCAGGCGCAAAUCGCCAUCCUGCAGUUCCUCUGCUCCAAUGUCGCCACUGGGUUCUUCUUUGCCGGUGACACUGCCCAGACCAUCGCCCGCGGGGUGGACUUUCGCUUUCAGGACGUCCGGCGGCUCUUCUACGAGCUGUUUCUCGGGAAAGGGGUGGCUUCUGCUGCUGGCAGGGUGGAAAGGAGCGAGGAAGUGGAUGGAGGGCGAGGGGGGGUUGGUGGUGGGGUAAGUGGCAGAGAGAUUGUGGAGAGUGGGAGGAUCGGUGAGGAGAAGGAAGGAGGGUGUGAAGAGGCAGUCGGCCAGGGGGAAAGGAUUCAGGAGGAGGUUCGAGGGGAGGGAAGCGCAGGGAAGGAGGAAGCCGGGGUCAGGAAGCCCUGUGCAGGCUUUUCAAAGCGUGCAGCAGGCGCGAAGGAAACCACAUCAGAAGCAGUCAUCGACCCGGUUGCAGGCACCAGGGAUGGGACAGAGGUCGUUUGCGUUGGCCCACCAGCGGAGGAUCGUUCCUCGUGCACUGAGAUGCCGGACCUGCAGUUCCUCUCGCAGAACUUCCGGUCGCACAGCGGCAUCGUGCGAGUGGCAGACAGCGUGGUGCGCGUGCUGCUUCACUUCUUCCCUCACUCUGUUGACCGCUUGCAGCCCGAGUUCAGCCAGCAGCAAGGCGAGCCGCCCGUGUUCCUCCAGUCCGGCGGCAGCCGUGACCGCGUGGCACAGCUGUUUGGGAAGCGCGGGGGCAUUGGAGGAGGAGGGUGUGAAUUCGGCGCUGAGCAGGUCAUUCUAGUGCGAGACGCAGCGCGGCGAACGGAACUGGUGGAGCGCACUGGCUUGCGUGGGCUCUUGCUCAGCGUGCAUGAAUGCAAGGGGUUGGAAUUCCAGGAUGCUCUGAUCUACAACUUCUUCUCUCACUCACUGCUCGCCUCGGGAUGGCGCCUGCUGUAUGAGUACAUGCGGCAGCACCACCUCAUACCCUCAACCGCACAAAGCAGCUCCUCCAGUCAGUGGCAGUGCCCUGCCUUUGACCCAAGAAGGCACAACCUGCUGUGCAGCGAGCUGAAGCAACUGUACGUGGUGCUCACGCGAGCGCGGCAGCGGCUGUGGAUAUACGAGGAGGACGAGGCGGCAAGGCAGCCGGCCAUGGACCUGUGGGAGGCGAUGGGGCUGGUGGUGGUGCGCCCACUGACCAACGAUCUCAUUGCGUCCAUGCUCACAGAGUCAUCACCAGAGAAAUGGCACAAACGGAGCCUCGAGAUGUUCAACGCUGGGCAGUUUGAGGCAGCAGAGAUGAGUUUCGAGAGGGCGGGGGACGAGCGCAGAGCAGCAGUGGCACACGCAGCGCUGCUGCAGCAGACGGCCAAGAGGCAGCAAGGCACAGACCACCGGCAGGCCUGCCAAACCUUCCAGGAUGCCGCACAGGCGUUUCUGGCGGUUGAGCGGCCGAGGGACGCUGCAGGGUGCCUCGCCAGCGCUGGGGAGAUGGAACGAGCAGGUUAUACCGGGGGGGGAAGUGGGGGAGGGGAAGGGGGAUGGUGUGUCCUCUUUUGUCCAUUGUCCCUCAUGUUUAACCCUUCAAUACUAAUCACCUCUUGUCCGCCACCUUCCUGUCUCCCUCGCAUCUUCCCUGUUCCUUCCCUUCUCCUUCCUUUCCCCUUCCCUUCCCUUCCCCUUCCCUUCUCCUUCCCUUCCCGUUCCCUUCUCCUUCCCUUCUCCUUCCCUGUUCUUUCCCUGUUCAUUCUCUUCUCCUUCCCUUCUCUUUCCCUGUUCUUUCGCUGUUCAUUCUCUUGUCCUUCCCUUCUCCUUCCCUUCUCCUUCCCUUCUCGUUCCCUCCUCCUUCCCCUUUCUUACCCUGCUGCUUCCCUUCUCCUUCCCUGUUCCUUCCCUUCUCCUUCCCUCCUCCUUCCCUUCUCCUUUCCCUCUCCAUCCCUUCUCCUUUCCUUCUCCUUCCCCUUCCCGUUCCCAUUCCCUUUCCCUUAA